AUGCGAACAGGACUCGAACAGUCGCCGACCGACCAGACCGCCGGCUUCGAGUUCUCCCCGACAGAGGCGAGAAAGAUCAUGCAGGACUUGGAGGACAGUCGAAUGUCGGGCGACAAAGCGACGGAAGCCUUUCAGCUCAUCGAGAUCAUUGUACAGGAUCCGCGUCUUAUCAACACUUUCGACAUGAAGGGUUCCGACGACCUGGACGCCGCCAUUCUCUACGCGUUGAUCAAGACUUCAUCCGAAGUGGAAAAUCAGUUGGAGUUAGCGUUGUCUUGGAAUCGAGUCGACAUUGCGCAGGACAAGAUAAUCUCAAAGGCGACAAGCUUGCCACAAAAAGUUGGUCGGCGCAGCCAGCAGCCGAUGAUGUCUCUGAACGGAGACAGAUGCAACUUUCGUGAGUGUGGAUGGUACAAGAGUCCAGAUGAAGCAAUAGAAAUCGCAGCGAAUAAAUGUACAAAUAUGCAAACACACACACUUAUAUAUGUUUUGGGUGGAGGUGUGGCUGAGAGUGUUGACUGCACGCCAUUCGAGUCUGCCAGUCUGGAACGUGUCCUCGGAAGUGGGCAAUGCGUUGGUGCUUUCGACAAGUUGCUCAGCCCUGAAGCCCCGAAGCAACACACCCUCUCGCCCACCCAGCGCCUCUCUCCUCAGACCCUCUUCUGCACUGUCAGUGUGUUGCAGUGCGUGUACGUCUCACCUGACCUGACCUGA